AUGGAUGACGAGUCGGAAUCGGAAGAAACUCCCGGUCCAUCCGGGAGUCAAGGAAACCAGUCUCCAAAGAUUUCAGGGACGAACAAACGCACAUUUUUUGCAGAAAUUACCAGGGACAGCGACCUGUUCCACGAUUUUAUAUUAGUCAUGGAUUCAAUCCGUACCGGCACGCCGUACACCAGAGAUCAACUGAAGACAGCCGAUCGCGUUGGCUACUACACUACUCGGUCGAAUAAAAACCAAGAUCCGGAUCUUCCAGAGACACUGAACAUGUACGAAAAAACGCGCUCUUCGAAUAAACCUCUCUUCGACAAACCGGCAAAUGUUCUCAAAUUCAACGAGGCAGAAUUGCCUUCUGACGACGAAGAGGACGAAGAAUUCCAGCCGCCAUCUGAAGAGGCAGAGGAGGACGAUGAAGAAGAAGAACAAGAGACGAUCACUUCCAAUAAGCUUUCUGAUGACGAAGAGACAGAGUCCGUUACGCUCUCCCACCAAGACGAGAAUUCCCGCUUCUCAGAAAAGUCCGCCAGCUCAACCAUCGCGAAGAAAACUCGUUCCCAAAUCCGCUUGCCUGAUAAUUUCGACGAUCUUUUAAACGGAACGCAAUUUUUCGACGAUGAGCCUGUUCAACAACCAUCGACGAGCUAUCUAGAUAUGCAAGACGAUACGACUGAAUAUGACAGCGAAUACAUGCAGUUUCUCAAUGAAACGUUUCAAACAAAACCCGAAGAGCUCAAAAACAUGAACCACGAUGAUGAGAGAGAUGUUGAUUACAACCCUGUUCCGGAGAUGUUUCAGUCGAAAAAGACGAUGGAUGAGGAGGAAGGAAAUGAGAAGAAAGGAAAUUAUAGAAUUUCGAAGAAGGAAUGUCGAGACCUUCAGGACGAUAAUUUGAAUGAUCUUUUCGAGCAGUUCACUCCGAAAAUCAACCUAGAGGAAGAUCUCAGAAGGCGGAAUCAAAGUGAGUCCUGCGAUGCACCAGUUGGAGAGGCUGAAAAUCAGGAAAAUGUAGCGACUGAAGAGUUCAUUUUCUACCAAGAAGUGGAGGAAUAUGGAAUGACUCCUCAGCAACAUGAAACGCUUCAGACUCAGCUUCAUCAGCACAUUCAACUCCUAGGCCAGAGCAUGCUUCUAAUGCGCGGCGAUGAGAGCCUCGUUGAGAAAAUACAAUACAAGCAUGGAUUCCUUUCUCAGGCGGAUUACAAUCUUUGCGAAAUUAUUGAAACAACGAACCCAAGCCGUGCGCCCGAUUUGCAGCUAGUUUACAAUCAUGCCUUCCCGAUGAGAGAACAUGUUUGGGCAACAAAAGAUGAAAACUUCGUUUCGAAAAAGAGGCGUUAUGACGAGCGAGUGCGAUGGAUUACUCCACUUAGCGCUAAAAAGAUGAUCGAAUGCUACCUGUUUCCGUUCAUAGAAAUGCUUCCGCGAAUCGAUAAGAUCUACACCCAGCAAAACAUCAAAUCAACCACCUUGGGCAUGAAUAUUUGGGGAAGAAACUUGGCAACAUCUCCGGGAGAAGAAAACUUGUUCGUCUUUUAUUGGAACUUCUACAUCAGCUAUUCUGAAAUCAAAAACUGCACAGAGUUUAUCGACUGGCUCAGGAAGCAUACGAUUUUCAAACACUUCACCGACUCUUUCUUGAAAAAGCUCUACAAGGCGCUCCGAAAGAGAAAUCCAAUGAAGGUACCAUCAGAGCUGAGAAACACAACUUCCAGUAAUACGGUAGUCGAGCUCUUCCGGGAUACCGGAGAACUGCCACGAAAGAGCAUCACGAUCAAACCGAUUGUUUAUGACAAUUUCAAGAGCGCUCGUUGGCUGAUAAAGAACUUCGUUGUUCCAGAAGAUGAUAUCAACUAUCCAGUAGAACUUUUACGAAUAAUCGAAGAAUCGGAGAAAAUGUAUAGGCAGCCUGUUUAUCAAAAUCCUCGUUUUGUUCAACAAAAUGUUGUUAUGCGAGCUCCGCGUAUGCAGACACGAUUUGAAUUACCAUGGCGAGAAUUUGUAGCUCAAAAUCGUUCUUUUUGCCCGAUUUUGCCACCUUCAGUUCUGCGGCCGUAUUCUUUCCCACAAACUGCUCCACCUUCUUCUUUCCCAUCAGCUCAGCUACCAACUUCAUGCCAACCAGAAGUUAUCGAUCUUGUCGCUGAUCAUUCUCCAGUGGUUCCUCCAAUCUCUCAAAAUAUUGCUGAAGUGGAGCUUUCGCCUGUUAUUGACCCUGUUCCACUCUCGGUUCCAGACACAGUUCCAACGCAAGAAUUACUGUCAGAUGCAGUACCUGCUGUAAAAAGUGCACCUCUUUCCAUCGAAGCUCCAGCGCCAAAUACACCUAAAUUUGACGGUGGCAUUUUACUGACACCUGAGCAACUAAAGAGAGCUAUCAAAAAAGUGUCGCCAAAGAAAAUCGUCAACAGAACUCCAAUUAAUCAAAAUCAAGACGAGCCGCUGGAUUUAAGCAUGAAGACUGACCCAAAAGUGGCUCAGAGUGCUCCAUUAGACUUCUCAAGAACGAUGCCUUCACAGGAACCGAAACAGCAAGGUAAAAAAAAACCAAGGAAACGAGCUCUGAUCACAACAUUAGCGACAAGGCCGUUUUCGCCCUUACCAGAAGAGGGACAGCCUGAGAAACUAUUGUCUGAUGGUACGCCUGCCAAGAAGAUACUCUUCCCAAAGUCUCCUGCGAAAUCAUCUAUCAAAGAUCCCUCAUCUAGUAAGAAUACCCAAAGAUCUGUGAAAAUCGGCAGCGUUACCGAGCAUCUACUUGAGGAGCUUGAUCCACCUUCGUUUUCCCCUGCGAAGAAUCUGAUGGAUGCAAUCGAGAAAAGCGGAAUCCCGACAUUUUCACAGCCGUCCAAGAAGAGCUGCCUGCGCCAGGAAACCACCCCCGAUGUGCCGAUUCGGCAGAUGGUUCCAUCGAAAAUUAUUCCUCCAACUCAGGUCAAGAAAGUUGAGACUCCAGUAACACCGGAAAAUGGGCCAACAAUCAGGUCCAUUAUGAAACUGAAUGUGGAAGAGGAUGACAAGCAUCAAACUUCGGAAGUAAAACCACGACAAUGCUUCUCGAGAUGUCCUGCUGUUCAGUGUGAUUUGAGACAUAUCUCACCUUCACCAAGUAGAGAAAAAAUCGUCUUGACUCACCAACCAGCAACCAACCCGACCGGUGAACUUCGUAGGAAUCGUCAACAACUGCCACCGAAUAAACGGAUUCCUCUCACAACAAUUACACUGGCAAACGAUAAUCCUUCCAAAAAGAUUCCAACUGGAACUCCUUUAAUUCCACUAAACCAUCGCCAAUUCAAUGUCAAAGAAUCCACCAUCCAUAUGAAUAGAAUAAGACAAAGAAAAUUAUCAGCUGAAAUUCAACAAAAGCCUCUUUCACCUGAACUUGAAGGAGACAAGCUUAUUCUACUUGCACAAGAAAAAAUAAGACAGAAUUCGAUAGCGCGGAUUCGAAACCAAAAUCCACCAGCCGACGCCACAACCUACUAUCAAAGUAUUCUCGAUACAACUCAAAAUUUACAACCAUCCAUUCAUCCUCCUCUUCGAGCUGAAAGACAAUCACCGUUCGAAGAGGAAAAAAGAAUAAAAUCGAUGAUUGGAGUGACAAACAGGAACCAAAAUAUUUCUUCAAAUCCUUCAACUUAUUCAAAAACAAAGGAUGCAGAAGAGACAACUAAAGCGACAGUAAAGCAAUAUUGGAAUCCCCUCAAAUCGAGACAUGAGACUGAAGCUAUCGAAGUCCCAUUUGAUCCUUCUGAUCCUCCCCGUUACAAAGAAAAAUCAGCUGUGAACAAAAUGAAGAAAGUAAACCAUGACCAAAGAAGAAAAGACCAGAGUCAUCAAUUUCACGAAACUCUAGUCGAGGAAGAAAAUCUAGCCGCUGCUUGGGGAAACGCACUCGGAAAAAGAAGAAAAAAGCUCGCGGAGAAACCGAUUCAAGAAAAGAAAACUGAGCCAGUGAAGCAACCCGUCAAACAGCCGGACGUUUCUACGGUUGAUACAUGCAAAACAAAAAGCCUGCCAGUUGAAGAACCAACAGCCGAUAAUUGUGAUUCUGCUGAAGAAAUAUCCCAAGAUAGCUUGUCCCCUGAAAGACUAAAACGCUCAACAUCUUCUGUAGUCCGAACUGCCAACAAACGAAAACUUGCCGCUCCGAACUGGAGUCCUAUCAAAGCUCAAAAGACUGCACGAAAUGAACCCGAAACCCCUGCGCAAAAUCAGCCUACCCAAAAGCAUCCUAUCGCUCCACCAGAAGUCCAUCAGUUCCAUCCUCAAGCCAGAGAGUGCCAUAUCACGAAACUGCUAAAAGAAACCGUGAUAAACAAUAUCCAAGCAGACGUUGCUUUUAUAAAGUCCCCUAGCAUAAAAUAUGAAGGCAGGAAGUCUUUUAUGAGUCUGCCUCACAACAAGAUCUUGGACCAGCUUUCUAAAAUAUCACCGAAUAACCGUGCACUCUUCGACUCAUUACCACGAGAAGGGGACAAAGAAAAAUUUUGCAAAGCCUUGCGAGAGCUUAUUCUUCCUGGAAGACGCUCAAUUAUCCCUGAGAUCUUGAAAAACUCAGGCGGCAAAAAUGAUUUGGACCAAGAUUUGAUGGAUACCAGCACAACGACAAUCAUUCCAGCUCAUUCAAUUUUCAAGGAUACAUCACCAACACCAAAUGUCAUGCGCCUAAAUGAAAACAGCACAUCAAACGAAGCUGAACCUGACACGACUAUUGUCCCAAAGCCUGUCAUGCCAGAUAUUGUUCUCAGUAGCGCAAAUGAAGACAGCAUGUCUUCGAACCCAGAUCCUUCGGUUUUCGCGGAAAAAGCGAAACGCAUAAUAUCGAAAAAUAAAGACGAACAUGGAAUCAACAAAGACAGCGUCGAGCAACAAUCCGGAGAAAAAACUCAGUCAAUUGAUCUGGACGCAACAGAAAGCCAGUGGGAAACUGAAAGCGAAGAAGAAGUUGCUCCGCCAGCUGCAACUACUGAACACGACGACGAUGAUGAUUGGGAAACAGAAAGUGAGGAAGAAGUUCUUGUACCUCAAGCUUCCAAUAAAAAGCCUGAUCAAGCGAAGGUAGUCGAUUUCAGGCAAACGGAUGAUCAACAAGAAAGUAAAGAUGUUCAAAAGAUCGUGUCUGUUGAUCAGCCCCCAAAUGAAGAUGCACAUGCAAAAAGAAAAAUUGAACAUCCAGAGCCAAAUCUUGAAACGAAAGAAAAGAUUCCUGAAACAAGCGAAGCUGCUGCCGUCUCGUCAAAAGUCACGUCGGCUCCUGAGAAAAACCAGACUGAUGCACCAAAAGAAACUAUAGCAGAUUCUGAGGAACCGGAAGAAAUACCUAUUUCAUCAACUGACGAGUCUAGCGAAGACGAUUCGGAUUCAGAUUCUGACGGCGACGAGGUUUCAUACCUCAACGAAACCGGCCUCAACGAUGAGUUUGAAGAGUAUGAUCAUCCCUUCUUGAAGCCGCCGUACACAACGUUUGACUUGCCCUUCGAGUUUUCGGAGCACAUGAGGCUACUUCCACAAACGAAGCUAUAUUUGGACACUGAAGAUCAGUGCGACUUUCUGUUUUGGCGGAUUCUCUUCUCAAUGCAUGAUUAUCCACCUGAACUUUUCCAAAAGCAAAAUCGCAUUUAUUGGGCAGAACUCCUGAGUGUAAACAUGGAAAGAAUUAACGCUUGGAUUGAUAACCAGCUCAACCUUCUUGAAUUAUAUCCGAAGAAAACCGCUGCUAUGCGUCAUUUGAUUAAAAUGAACCGAGCUUUAAAAGGCAAGGAGGAGUUUGUGGACGAUCCAAGCAAGCACAGAGAGUCAAAGUACUGGAGCAUUUAUUUCUCCCCAAAGUACAAGAAAAUAAAGAAGAAAAAACUCCAGAAGAAAUUUCGUUUCUUGAGCAAAGAAGAAUUCAGAGCUUUGCAAAAGAGGACGCUUGAAGAGCUAAAAAGGCGAGAAGAGGAAAAAAGAAACGCCUUGAAAGAAUCUGCCAAAGCUGAGGCGAACAAAAAAUCUGAAGAAAAUGCACCACCAUCGCCAAAAAGAAAGAAAGCAGAAGCACCAGCAGAAGUGACUAAAACGAAAUCGCUCGUAAAAAAUAAAAAGCCUACUCCAAAGAAAAGACCUCCGCCAAAUCUUCUGAAGGCUACAGUCAUCAAAGAAGCAAAACGGCGAUCUGGAGAGGAAGAACGACCCGAAAAGAAGAAGAAGAAAAGUUUCAAAAGAAUGGAUUCGUUCAUCGAAGUAGAUGGGCAAAUUUUCUUCAUUCACAGACUGCGGCAUUACGCAAAGCAAGGACAUCUUGAGGUUGUGCAGAAGUUUUGUGAAAAGGGGGUGGGGAUUAUGGCUGAUGCAGCGGAGGGAGCAAUUGAAGGAGGCCAUGUGAGCAUUUUGAAGUUUGUCAAAGAUAUCGGCUUUAUUUUCCCGAAAGAAAUCGCCACAAGAGUCGUUGAUCGAUCCUACCAAAAGAUCGUCUUGCCAGAAGAAAUCAAAGCUUUCCUCGAGGCAGAAAACGUGACGAUCCCGGACGACAAGGAAGAAAUCAAUACUGAAAAAGUAACUCCACAAGAAGACUUGACUCAAAUAAGAAGCCACUCGGAGAAUUUAGAAGCAGGAAUCUCUAUCGGGGAAUCGCGAAGGCGUCUAAUUCGACAAGCCGAGUUUCAUCGAAAGCCGUGGCAGCCAAAUUUGCCAAUUUAUCGAAACGACCUGGAUACAAACUUAGAGGACUGCUUCGGAAAGGGGAUUAAACUUACCAAUUUUUUGCAUUAA